AUGCACUUAGUCAGAAGUCCAGAGGGCACGGACUUGAUUCAGGGUUUCUCCAAGUUGGACCUUGAGGAGAUGGGACAGACAGAGCAAGCGUAUGAUAACCAUACAGAAAAUCCAGAAGCAUUUAUGAAGUUUUUGGAGGAAGCAGAGAAGCCACUGUAUAAGGGAUGCAAACGUUACACAAAGUUGAGUGCACUUGUAAAACUAUACAAUACCAAAGCAAGGCAUGGGAUGAGUGAUGCUCUAUUUUCAGAUCUACUAGCAGAUUUUGGGGACAUGCUGCCAGAUAACCACAAUCUGCCAUCGUCAAUUUAUGAAGCAAAGAAGACGUUGAGUUGUUUGGCUUUGAGUCAUGAAAAGAUUCAUGCUUGUUCCAAUGAUUGCAUCCUUUAUAGGAAACAAUAUAAAGACUGCGUAAGCUGCCCGAAAUGUGGCUUAUCAAGAUGGAAGCUAACCAAGAAAAAUGUUGAGAAGAAAGGUGUUCCUGCCAAAGUGAUAGCACAAGAGUUGUUGGUCAGUUACGCCAUCCAGUUGAUUCACCUUCAUGGAAAUUGGUGGAUCAUAUGUGGCCCGACUUUGGAAGUGAGGCAAGAAAUAUUCGCCUGGCACUUGCAGCCGAUGGAAUUAAUCCUCACAGCAAUCUUACCUGGAAACGAUAUCGACGUCUACCUUGAGGUUCUAGUUGAUGAUUUGCAGCUGUUGUGGGAAGGAGUUGAUGGAGUUUAUGAUGCUUAUCGAAGGGAGGUUUUCACUCUUAAAGCAGUUCUUUUAUGGACCAUCAACGACUUUCCUGCAUAUGGUAACCUUAGUGGAUGUACUACACAUGGUUAUUACGCAUGCCCAAUAUAUGGUGAGGAUACUUAUGCAAAGCACUUACAAAAUGGGAAGAAAAUGUCAUUUGCUGGGCAUAGACAAUUCCUACCACGAUUUCAUCCAUAUCGGAGGCAAAUAAAGGAGUUUAAUGGCAUGGAGGAACUUGGUGAAGCAGGUAGGCCAUUAUCUAGAAUUAAGUUGUUUGACAAGCUUUCAGACAUAACAUGUGAGUUUGGAAAGAAAACAAGUGUGAAGGGGAAAAUAAGGAAAAAAGCAAAGGAGAAUAUUGUUGAAGACAUUGAAGAAGAAAAGUAUGUUGGAGCUACAAAUUUUAGUAAAUGUUGGAAGAAGAAGUCAAUUUUUUUCAAUCUUCCAUACUGGAAAUACCUACAUGUUAGGCAUUGUCUCGAUGUUAUGCACAUUGAGAAAAACGUUUUCGAGUCUCUGAUUAAUACUUUGAUGAACAUCAAGGGAAAAACCAAGGACAAUGUGGUAGCUAGGUUGGACAUGGUUCAGAUGGGAAUUAGGUCUCAAUUGGCUCCUAAAAUUGGUGAGAAAAGAACAUAUCUACCUCCUGCAGCAUGCUCAUUCACAAAAAAUGAGAGAUUACAAGUAUGUAGGUCAUUAAUGGAUAUAAAAGUUCCGGAAGGUUUCUCAUCAAACAUGAAGAAUCUUGUCUGCAUGGAUGAGAUGAAGCUGAGUAGCUUGAAAUCACAUGAUUCUCAUGUUAUAAUGCAGCACUUCCUGCCAAUAGUCAUACGUAAUUCUCUGCCAAAAUAUGUUAGAUAUGUUGUCAUAAGAUUAUGCUUCUUCUUCAAAGAUAUUUGUUGCAAGAUUAUCGAUGUAGCCAAGUUAGAUAAGCUGCAAUCUGACUUGAUUGUUACACUCUGCUUAUUGGAGCAGUAUUUCCCCCCUUCUUUCUUCGAUAUCAUGCUCCACUUAACAGUUCAUCUUGUUCGUGAAGUCCAAUUAUGUGGACCAGUCUACUUCAGAUGGAUGUACCCAUUUGAAAGAUGCAUGAAGGUGUUGAAAAGUUACGUAGGCAGUUGA